AAUUUACUCCAAGUCAGACCACCCACAUUCUUUUCACCUGCCGCCCAGCGUUGGUAAAUAAUCGUUGUUCUACAUUACUCCCUCGCAACACUUGUACCUACCAACCCACCAACCAUCAUGUCGCAUCACCACAACUUGGACGUUGGCAAAACUGCGCCAUUCAACACAACCGUAACCGGCGUCAGUUUACGCCCGAAAGAAGAAGACGUGUUCGCCGCAGACCGUAAUGUCUCCCCGACAGCAUUGCCAGGCGCAAAGUCUCCGGGUGUCGCACGCAUCGAAGCUCUCAACGCGCACACGUCCUUCCUGAACCGCUGCUGCAUCUUUUUCGGCAUCUUCCUCAUUGCCUAUGCGUAUGGUUUGGAUGGGACGCUCCGAUACACCUACCAACCAUAUGCUACUGCAGGAUUCCAACAGCAUUCCACCUUGGCUACCAUCAAUGUGUUGAGGAGCGUCAUCGCCGCUGCUGCGCAGCCUACUGCGGCUAAGAUUGCCGAUGUCUUUGGCCGCAUAGAAGUCGUCAUACUCUCUAUGCUCUUUUAUAUCAUUGGCACGGUCAUUGAAUCCGUCAGCUCAAAUGUCGAGUCCUUCGCCGCAGGCGCAGUCUUUUACCAAAUUGGCUACACGACCAUCAUCGUGCUCAUCGAAAUCAUCAUAGCCGACAUCACGUCCCUUCGAUCUCGACUCUUUUUCUCAUACAUACCUGCCGUUCCAUUUCUGAUCAAUACUUGGGUCAGCGGCGAUGUAAGUCAAGCUGUGCUUAGUCAGACCACUUGGCGAUGGGGGGUAGGCAUGUGGUGCAUCAUAUACACAGUGUGUUGUAUCCCUCUAGUCGCUUCGCUCAUGUGGUCCAGCCGACAAGCUAAAAGGGCCGGCGCAUUCGAUGCAUACCGAACACCAUACGAAGUUCAUGGUGGUACCAAGAAUUUGCUAGUCACUCUCUUUUGGCAAAUGGACGUCCCCGGCGUCGCGCUGCUUAUUGCAGUAUUCGGCUGUAUUCUUACUCCUUUCACCAUCGCAGGUGGCGCGCAAUCGCAAUGGGGGACUGCCAAAGUCAUUGCUCCCCUCAUCAUCGGGUUCAUGUGCCUCCCCGCCUUUGUCCUUUGGGAACGCAGAGCACCUCAUCCAAUGCUCCCGUUCCAUCUACUGAAGGAUCGUGCGGUUUGGGGUGCUUUAGGUAUUGCUUGCACUUUGAACUUUGCAUGGACCAUGCAAGGCGACUUCCUGUACACUGUACUAGUCGUCGCAUUUGAUGAAUCAGUAAAGAGCGCAACUCGCAUCAGCUCUUUGUACAGCUUCUCCUCGGUAAUCACCGGAUUGAUCCUUGGCGGUGUUGUAUUCAAGGUCCGCCGCUUGAAGCCGUUCAUCAUCGCCGGAACUUGUCUUUUCGUGGUAGCUUUCGGCCUUCUAAUUCACUACCGUGGCGGCUCCGGCGAUUCGUUGCAUUCCGGCAUCAUCGGAGCACAGAUAUGCUUGGGUAUUGCAGGAGGCAUGUUUCCAUAUCCUGCACAAGCCAGCAUCCAAGCUGCUACAAAACACGAGCACGUCGCAAUCGUAACGGGCAUCUAUCUCGCUACCUACAACAUUGGCAGCGCGCUUGGUAAUACAGUAUCAGGUGCUAUGUGGCAGCAGAUCAUCCCAAAUGAGUUGGCCCGUCGAAUUGGGGAUCCCUCACUCGCAGCCGUCGCGUAUGGUGAUCCGUUUGCAUUUGCGACUCUAUACCCAGUGCAAACCUCAGAGCGUAUCGCUGUGAUACAGGCAUACAGACACGUGCAAAAGUUACUCUGCAUCACAGGUAUCUGUCUUGCAGUACUUCUUGUCGCUUUCUCGCUGGUCAUCCGGAACCCGGAGUUGGGCAAGGAUCAGAGCCUGAAACAUGCUGAGGAGGAUGCAGAAGUUAAUCGCUCGGAUAGUAGGCCUUAGUGUUGAAGCUUAGCAUAUGUUACACGCUAGAGUCACUACCCACUGAUCUUUUUGCAUAUACGAGGGUCCAGGUGGUGGAGGAGCCGACAGACAUUAUCGCCGUCUACGAAUACUACUGAGCUUUGGGGCUUCUGCUAUAGAACAACA